ACCUAAGCAAAAUCUCUCUCUCUCUCUCUCUCAUUUAAAAAGGUCCGAUGCCAAACAGAGACUUCCACAAAGAGAGCAUGUCUCAACACCAAUCUCUCCUCUUGAUUCUCUCUCUCAUCAUCACCGCAACUCAAAUUCUUCUAAAUCCCACAAAUGCCGCAGCAGUUACUCAAAAUUUCAAAGAAGCCCCACAGUUCUAUAACUCUCAAGAUUGCCCCUCCAUCGUCUCCGGCGAAUCUGAUGGCGGAGAAUCCAUCUUCUGCUCGGAUCGAGCCGUCCACGUGGCGAUGACCCUCGACGCGGCCUACAUUCGCGGCUCCAUGGCCGCCAUCCUCUCCAUCCUCCAACACUCCUCAUGCCCUGAAAACAUCGUCUUCCACUUCAUUACCUCCGCAUCCUCCGACGGCGCGUGGUCCCUACGCGCCACCGUCUCUUCCUCAUUUCCUUACCUAAACUUUCGUGUUUAUGUCUUCAAAGACUCCACCGUCUCCCGCCUCAUAUCUUCCUCCAUCCGCUCCGCCUUGGACUGCCCUCUGAACUACGCCCGGAGCUACCUCGACGGAAUCCUCCCGCCGUGCCUUCGCCGAGUAGUAUACCUCGACUCCGACCUCGUCCUCGUCGAUGACGUCGCCAAACUCGCCGCCACCGACCUCGAAGACGCCGUCCUCGCCGCGCCGGAAUACUGCAACGCCAACUUUACCUCCUACUUCACGACAAAGUUUUGGUCCAAUCCGACGCUGUCGUCGACGUUCUCCGACCGAAGUCGGAGACCGUGUUACUUCAACACCGGAGUCAUGGUCAUUGACCUCUCACGGUGGCGCGUGGGCGCGUACACGGCGCGUAUAGAGGAGUGGAUGGUAAUGCAGAAGCGCACGAGGAUCUACCAGCUCGGAUCUCUACCCCCCUUUUUGCUAGUUUUCGCGGGCCAGAUCCGACCGGUGGACCACCGGUGGAACCAGCACGGUCUCGGCGGCGACAAUUUCCGGGGGCUUUGUCGGGAUUUGCAUCCGGGUCCGGUGAGUUUGCUCCAUUGGAGCGGGAAAGGGAAGCCAUGGGCGCGUCUGGACGCUGGUCGGCCGUGUUCACUGGACGCGCUUUGGGCUCCUUACGAUCUUUUACAAACGCCGUUUUCGUUGGAUUCGUGAUUGAUCGCUAAUCGUACGGCAAAUUGUCGGAAGGGAAAAAAAUAAGGUGAAAUGGUCGGAUUUUGAAACGAGUUAACGGAAUUUAGUUUUGUUGGGUGUAUAUUUAAAAUAUACAUGUAACAUUUUUAUGUAUAUUAAUUCGAUAAACAUUUGUUUCCAUUUGAUUCAUAAUGAAAAUGAAAAUGAAAACUUUUCCCCUAA